AUGCCACCAAAGAAGCAAGUUGAAGAAAAGAAGCCCUUGUUGGGAAGACCUGGAAACAACCUGAAAUCUGGAAUUGUUGGUUUGGCCAACGUUGGCAAGUCCACGUUUUUCCAGGCCAUCACCAGAUGUCCGCUUGGAAACCCUGCAAACUACCCAUUUGCAACGAUCGAGCCCGAGGAAGCUCGUGUGAUCGUUCCCUCAGAACGUCUCGACAAGCUCUAUGAGCUAUACAAGCCUCCAAAGAAAGUUCCCGCUUACAUUACUAUCUAUGAUAUUGCUGGUUUGACUAAGGGAGCUGCCGCUGGUGAAGGAUUGGGUAAUGCUUUCUUGUCCAACAUUCGUGCUGUCGAUGCUAUCUAUCAAGUUGUCAGAUGUUUCGAUGAUGCAGACAUCAUCCACAUCGAGGGAGAUGUUGAUCCAACAAGAGACUUGGACAUCAUUUCCAACGAGUUGAGACUGAAGGACAUCGAGUUUGCCAAGUCUCAUCUAGAAGGUAUUCACAAGAUCACCAAGAGAGGAGGUCAAUCUUUAGAAGUCAAGCAAAAGAAAGAAGAAGCCGCAUUGGUUGAAAGAAUCAUUGAGCUUUUGGAGAGUGGCCAAAGAGUCUACAACCAGAAUUGGACUGCCAAGGAAAUUGAAGUCAUCAACACCAUGUUCCUUUUGACUGCCAAACCAACCAUCUAUUUGAUCAACUUAUCUGAGAGGGAUUACGUCAGGAAAAAGAAUAAGCAUCUGCUGAAGAUAAAGGAAUGGGUUGACAAGUACUCUCCAGGUGAUGUCAUCAUUCCUCUUUCUGUUUCCUACGAGGAGAGACUGUCUCAAAUGGAGACAGAUGAGGAAAGAGCUGAGGAGGAAAAGAGGGUCGGAGCUCCAUCUGUUCUACCAAAAAUCAUCACAACUAUGAGAAAGAAGCUGGACCUUAUCUCCUUCUUCACUGCUGGUGAAAAGGAUGAAGUGAGAGAAUGGACUAUCAGAGAUGGAACCAAGGCUCCACAAGCCGCAGGAGUUAUUCAUACAGAUUUGAUGAAAACUUUCAUCCUGGCAAAUGUUAUGAAGUAUGACGAUUUGAUCGAGUUGGGAGACGAGAAUGCAGUCAAAGCUGCUGGUAAGUUGCUUCAAAAGGGCAAGGAUUACACGGUGGAGGAUGGUGAUAUCAUCUACUUCAGAGCCGGUGCAGGCAAGAAUUAG